AACCAUUAGCUAUUUAAAAUGGCUGCUGGUACAGGAAAAUGUACAUUUGGCAAUCGAGCCCCAAUCGACAUUCAUAUGCUUAACGAAAUCAUAUCCAGGGAGGUGAAACAUUUCCGGAAUUAUAAAAAUUAUCGACCUAAUUUCAAAGCCGUGCCAAUAGCCUCUAAGUUUUAUGCGGCCCACGAUAUAAUGAAAUAUACUGAGAAUGAAAAUAAAAAAAUUGAGGAAUAUAGAAAAGAAGUUGGGCAAGCAAGAGCCCUAGGGCCGCACAGUAAAAACCCUUUGCCUGUUACCACGAGUCAUGAAUACGGUUGGUAUUCCAAACCACUAGUAGCCAUGGACCGAAGUGAUCGUCGUUUCUAUCAUCCCACAAGAGAGAGCAUACACACUAAAAUAGAAGUUAUUAUACGAAUGUCAAAUCCAACGCAAAAGAAAUGAGAUUAAGUUCAGACAGUGAAAACUUUUUUAUAAUACGUACUUUUAGUUUAUAAUAU